AUGGCGCCUUAUGAGGCUUUGUAUGGAAGAAAAUGUAGGACAUCGUUAUGUGGGUCAGAAGUAGGGGACAAGGGGAUCUUAGGUCAUGAAGUUAUCCAAGAUACCACUGAAAAUAUUAAGGUAAUUAAGGAUAAACUAAAGAUAGCUCACAGCAGCCAAAAGAGCUAUGCUGAUAUGAGGAGAAUGUCUUUGGAGUUUGAGGAGGGAGAUCAUAGGAUUGGUCCCUCUCCAUACAUAAUAGCCUUGUCAUCCAAACUAUUCAAUCUACACAAUGUUUUUCACGUCUCCCAGUUAAAGAAAUAUAUUCCUAAUCCUCACCAAAUUUUGAGUCAUGAGUCUGUCCAACUCAAGUCAAACCUUACCUAUGACCUAAUGCCAAUCCAAAUUAUAGAUAGAAGUGUAAAAGCAUUGAGAAACAAAGAAAUUCCCCUAGUGAAGGUUGUUUGGGAAGGAUCUUCUAUAGAAGAAGCAACAUGGGAAGUAGAGGCAGACAUGCAAAGAGAGUAUGCUUACUCUUUCCAAUAG